AUGGGAUUACAAGAUUUAGAACAUCCACUAGUUCAUUUAACACCACCUCAUGGCUGGUUAAAUGAUCCCAAUGGUCUCUGGUACGAUGCCAAAGAUGAAUUAUGGCAUUGUUACUUCCAACACAAUCCAGAUUCCACUGUCUGGAAACAACCCAUUUGUUGGGGCCAUUCAGUUUCCAAGGAUGCGAUUAUCUGGGAUUAUAAAGGUUUGGCAAUUGUACCUCCAGAUAGCGACGGUGGUGUAUUCUCUGGUUCCGUGGUUGUGGAUAACCGAAACACUAGUGAGCUGUUUGAUGAAUCAACGGACCCCAGACAACGAGUGGUUGCCAUUUGGACUCAAGAUGCCGAUGGAAUUCAGCGUCAAAUGAUUAGUUAUUCAAUGGAUGGGGGGUACAGCUUCAAAGAUUACGCCCACAACCCAGUUUUAGAUAUUAACAACUCUAACUUCAGAGAUCCCAAAGUAAUUUGGCACAAAGAGACUGGAAGAUGGAUUAUGGUAGUGGCAUUAUCACAGAAGUUUGAAAUUUCCAUCUAUUCAUCUAAAGAUUUGAUUCAUUGGCAGUACGAAUCCGGUUUCGCCGUUAGAGGUUUUAAAGGUUUGCAGUACGAGUGUCCCGGGCUUAUUAAGGUACCGCUGUUGGAUGCGAAUGGCCAGGAGGUUAAAGAUACCAAGGACAAUUGGGUGCUCUACAUCUCAAUCAAUCCAGGAGCCCCACAAGGUGGGUCCGCUACAGAGUAUUUCAUUGGUGAAUUCGAUGGUAAAGUGUUCCAACCAAGGGACAAUCAAGUAAGGCUCAUGGAUUUGGGCAAGGAUUUCUAUGCAUUCCAGACCUUUUACAAUACACCAAACGACAAGGAUGUAAUCGGUAUGGCAUGGGCAUCUAAUUGGCAGUAUACGAAUCAAACUCCUACUUCCCAAUACAGAUCAUGCUUGACCAUGCUGAGGAAACUACACUUACAAAAGUUACAAAUUACACCGGAGUACUCCGAGAUCAAUUUGUUCAGCGCUCCCUUAUGGGAUCAGGACAGUCUAGUGAAUUUGGCACCUCCCAAGAGUUUAACGCCGGAUGCACCCUUAUUGCCCAACCAUGGUUUGAACAUCAAUUUAGACCAAGGUGAAGGUCUACUAGAGUUCACAUGGGAAUGGUCAGUACAAGAUAAGUUGGUACCAAAGGCAGAUUUUUGUGGUAUCACUAUGUUUUUAAAGGAUCAAGAAACUUCAAACCAAUUUUUGUCGCUAGGGUUCGAAGCUAACAGCAGUGCAUUCUUCUUGGAUAGAGGAAACACCGGUUCACAUUUCACCGAAACGAAUCCUCUUUUCACGAGAAAUCUAUCUGCUGAUUUAACACCUUACAGGACUUUUCAAGGUACAUCGAUCUAUAAAGUUCACGGCAUCCUCGACCGCAACAUUCUCGAACUCUACUUUAACGACGGAGCCCUCGCAGCUACCUAUACAUUUUUCUAUUUGGAGAACCGUCCCAUCAGGUGGGUUCAUAUGGAAUCAUCUGUAAACGAUGUCUUUAAGAUCAAAGAACUCCGUUUCACAGAAUUGGCAAUCAAAUCACCUUCUAAAACCUAUUGA